AUGUGUGAUAAGGAGGAAGUAAGGAGCGAGGCGGGCCCAGAGGUCACUCCGAAACGGCUCUGCUGGCCCAAACGCCCACCGGCCCCUUUACCAGACACCAGGGGACUGUGUUGCGCAAAACUUUUAAGGAAAAGUGGAAAGGCGAAAAAGGUUCUACUAUUCCCUGAAGAAGGGUGGGCGAGGAGUGCCUCUUCAUCUUAUUGGACACUGCAGCCGUGUUGGUGGCGCCGGUCUCGAUGCAAGGUCGUGGAAGUUGCUGGAACUAGAAGACACAGCACCCAAGCGAGAAUGGUGGUCAGCGGCGUGAACGCAGUCUACAUAGUUGGAACCUUUAAACAUCUUGGGACCGAUGCUGAUUUCAAGCUAUACCUAACAACCAACGUUACCCAGGCGGACUUCAACAUGGGUUACACAAUGACAGGCACCCUGGAGAGAGGCAGCCGCUCAACAAACACCUUCCAAAUGACGCAUUUCGCUGUCCUACGCCGGUGUGACCACGAAACACACCAUUUGAAAACCGCAUAACACGGCGUUGUUCCGUGAUAUACCAUAUUUUCUUAUGCCAUACUCCAAAGCUUAUUUUUGAGCUUACUAAACUAAGCUGG